CUUAAUCCGUAAACUGAGGAGUGACGACGAUCAAGAGUCAACACGUACGAAAAUAAUUAUAUUCAGGUGUUUUGUUAUCAAUUGGGCACAAAAGAUAACUGCGAGAUUGUAGGUAAAUUCUGGAGUUCUUGAUGCCAUUCUGGAAUGGAGCUGAUCCGUGAAAACUGGCGCUUUUGCUAAUUUUAAUAUCCGAGUGAUUGCCAAAAGAUGGACUUAUCUUGGUGAGACGGUUCACCACUUCGUUUGAUCUGUUCGUUAGUCGCUUGCAGUACUUAUCAGUUCCUGAUAAACUAUAAAGUAGUUGCAACUUGCAACCACAUGCGUCAGCAUUUGAUUUGAAUAUCGGGACUUUUUUGGAUCGUCGUGGUACAAUACUUUAAUACUAUUAAAUGCUUACUAUUGGAAGUAUAUGAUAAUAUCGGAUCCGAAUCCCUAGUUGGGCAGCUGUUCUUCGUUGUGGAUUUUCUCUUAUCACAUCUGCUCGCGUUAUCAUUCGCGUGGUUGUGGUUCUGCUGGCUGAAGUUCGGGAAAAAUAUCAGCCAUGUUAUCGUUUUUCAACACCAGAUCUCAGAAAAACCCUGUAGAUGUGGUGCGCUCGCUCAAGGAUGCGCUUUCAAGUCUGGAUCGCGGAGACAAAAAGGCUGAAAAGGCCUCGGAGGAAGUGUCUAAGUUGUUGCAAGCGAUCAAAGGAAUGCUGCUUGGCUCUCCUGAACAGGAACCUCCCACGGAAGUGGUCGCGCAGCUAGCGCAGGAGAUGUACAGUCAGAAUCUGUUGAUUCUUUUGCUGCAGAACCUGAAAAGAAUCGACUUCGAGGGUAAGAAGGACGCUGCACAAAUCUUCAACAUCAUACUACGACGGCAGAUUGGCACACGGACCCCCACUGUGGAGUAUAUUUGUACGAAACCGGAAAUUCUAUUCAUGCUGAUGUCGGGGUAUGACAGCUCAGAGAUUGCCUUGAACUGCGGGAAUAUGUUACGCGAAUGCAUCAGAUUCGAGGCACUUGCGAAACUUAUCCUGUAUUCCCCAGAUGUGUAUAGAUUCUUCCACUAUGUGGAAGGCUCAGCAUUUGAUAUCGCUUCCGACGCCUUCUCCUCGUUUAAGGAAUUAUUGACGAAACAUAAAUUGAUAGUGGCAGAAUUUCUGGAAGCGAAUUACGAUAAAUUUUUUGAACAUUAUCAGCAUCUUCUGGAUUCUGACAACUAUGUCACACGUCGACAGUCGUUAAAGCUUUUGGGAGAACUGCUCCUGGACCGCCAUAAUUUCAAUGUGAUGACCAAAUAUAUCGGAAAUCCAGAAAAUUUGAAGCUGAUGAUGAUCAUGCUUCGCGAGAAAAGCAGGAAUAUCCAGUUUGAGGCGUUUCACGUAUUUAAGGUUUUUGUUGCGAAUCCCAACAAACCGAAGCCAAUAUUAGAGAUUCUACUGAGAAAUCGCGAGAAGUUGAUUGAGUUUCUGAGUAAGUUUCACAGUGAGCGGACGGACGAUGAACAAUUUAACGACGAGAAGGCCUAUCUUAUAAAGCAGAUCAAAGAACUUAAAGCGCCAGCGGAAUGAGCUGCGAACAGCACAGUGAUCACGGGCAUGUUUUGUGAAUUACCCGGUUUUCUGCAUUCGCAUGUAUUUGCUCCAUUCGGUUGGGUCAUAUUUUCAGAAAUUCAAAUGCAAGCCAUCCUGAUUGUGAGUGGCAUCUUUCAGUUUUUUACCAGCCGCGUUGUAUAUUUAUAGAAAAGUCUUUGGCUUUGCUGAUGUUAGAAAUAGCGUAAUGAACACAUACUGUAUAAUGGAAGUGUUUCUUCUAUUUAUUGGAUAAUUAAUGGCGACUUUUUUAUUGGUACGAAUGGUACCUUCGUACAGAUGUACUAAGUGGAACGUUUCUCCUUGUCAUUUGAAUUCGCAGUGUGACGCUA